UUUUGUUGUAUGUAUUUCUCAUUGUUCCUCCGUAGUUGAAAGGAUAGGGUUUGAUUAGUGACUUAGUCCCGCCCCUAAAUCCCUUGGAUGUGACAGGUGUUAGCUGUUUAUUGUUUCAUUGCCCCUACGCUAUCCUUUCAACUACUUACCUCAACCAUUGAAUUCAUUCAUUCAUUAUUAUUCUGUGUGUCCCACAUUAAAUCCUCCCUCUCUCAGACGUAUUCUUGUCCCUCCUGAGCCACCCUACAGCUCCUCCUCUCCCCCCUCCCUCCAUUAUAAGCCCUCCCGACCUCUCUCUCUAACUCUCUGACUCCUGACGGAUCGUACCAUGCAGCUGGACGUUGUGGGGGUGUUCUCUCCUGACCUGUGGGGGUUCCUCCUGCUCCUGGGGGCCUCUCUGCUCUCUCUCUCCUCCCUAUUGGCCCCCUGGCUCUCUCUGGCCUCCGACCUGCUGCCAGCUGAGAGGUUUGACCUGUCUCUGUGGGGGGGCUGUGUGGUUCACGACGGGGGGCCCCUGCAGUGCCGGCCGCACCCCGGGCUCCUGGCCCUGCCCCCCCACCUGCUGUGGGCCCGGGUCCUCACAGGGGCCUCGCUGGGCUUCAGUCUGCUGGCUCUGCUGCUGACGGCCCCCGGACUACAGGUGGUUCACAGCUGGGGGCCCCGUCAGAAGAGGGUCCUGCUGGGUGUUGGGGGGGCCCUCAGCCUGGUGGCAGGGCUCCUGGUUCUGGUCCCGGUGUCUCACGUGGCCCGCCUGGCCUCCCUGAGCCGGUUCGACCCCUCACUGCCCCCCGUGGCCCCCCGCUGGGAGAAGGGGGGGGCGCUGUACAGUGGCUGGGCGGCGGCUGGGAUGCACCUGGGAGCCGGAGCCCUGCUCAUAGCUACCUGUUACCGUCAGAGGGGGGGAACACUGGAGACAGGGGCCCCCGUGAGGAGGAUAGAGAGGGUCUGAACUACAGCUUUCAGGAGGUCGUAACACGACUGACCACCGACUGAAACCACUACUGAAACCACCAGCUCAACUGCGGCUGAACUACAACUUAACCCCGACUUUCAGGAGGUCCGAAUACGACUGAAUUGCUGCUGAACUACGGCUGAACUACGACUGAAACUACGGCUAAACCACAACUGAACUGCGGCUGAACUGCGGCUGAACUACAACUUGAACUACGGCUGAACUGCGGCUGAACUGCGGCUGAACUACAACUUGAACUACGGCUGAACUACGACUGAACUGCGGCUGAAUCAACUACUGAAACUACGGCUGAACUACGACUUACCCCGGCUUUCAGGAGGCAGACUACAAGUGACAGCCGGUGCCAUAUCUACGAGUUUAACCGACCAAUGAGAGCAGCCUUUGUUCUGCAGCACAAUGACCUCAUUAUGGUCCAAUCAGCUGACGGCAGCACGGGACUCCAUCAGGAGA